AUGUCUGGUGAACGCCCUUCCCUCCUCCACCGUGCCUCCUCGUCCCUUCACACGUCUUCUGCGCGUUUCCGCUCCGCGGAAGGCUUGCACCUUGCCAUGGCUGAGCUUGUGGUGUUCGAGAACCAUGACGUGUACUUGGAGCACCCGGCCCGAGCCAAGGUCCCGCGGGAGAUAGACACCUUGGAGCGCUUCUUAGGAUUCGUCUCGGCACAUAUAGCGGCCUUUUCUGGCGACGCAACCGCCGCCGGUCGCUACCGCUUUGUGUAUUCGUUGAAGGGAAGGCCCCUGUGGCGUGUGGCAGACUGCCUUGCGGCCGCUGAGGUGGUUGUGAGCUGCACGCCAGGCUUCCUCCAACGGAAACGCGGCACUGGCCCACCUGCGCAGUCUGGGAAGCCGAGCUGCGCCGCGGGGGUGUUGACGCCCACUCCUCUCCUUGACGCUUUGACGUCUGCUAGGACUGCCGCUUCUUCGUCGUCUGCGGCAGCGGGGUCCGCGAGGGAGGCAUUCCUCCCGCAUGAGGUGAACCCCAACAGGGAUGACAUCUCCGAACGCGCGGCGAGAGGGGACGCCAGGGUGCGGGGCGGCGGAGGCGCCGGGUUGGGCUCCGCCGUCUUAUUUGUUGCUGGGCGGCGUGUGGUGCUGCCGCCGCUUCCCCGCUUAGUUGACCCGGCAUUGGGCGCCGCAACAGAGAUGCGGCACACCGAAAGGGUUGCCGCAGUGCGUGUGCUGCUUUCGUUGAAGCUUCUUGGGCGCCCCUUCCCGGAGGGUGCGCUGCUCUUUCGCGAGGAGCUGCAGGCGCGUCUUGGACCCGUGGUUGAGCGGGCAACCUCGGGGGCUGAGGAGGCCGCGGCUCGCGUGGUUGUGGAGGGCCCAGCAAAGAGUGGGGUGUCGACAACUCUUGCGUAUUGUUGCUACAUGGCGGCCUCUGAACCGAGCGGUCGGCUGCUUGGAUGUCUCUUUCUGCCUCUCAACUUCGAGCUCCUCUUUGACGGCGCGUGGCUCCAGGAGUCGCGUGGAGAGAACUCACAUGCCCGAGGACCAUCUGUGAACACUGACAGACCGCAAGCACUGCUGCUGGACGUUCCCUUUUUCUUCCUGACGUUGGUGCGGGCAGUGGUUGAUGCCGCGGUGGCUCAGCGGCCCUCUUUGCGGGACCACAGUCAAGUUCUCAUGAAGGCAUGGGAGCAACUUGUGACGCGGGACGGAGCUGACGCGCCCGAGUUUGGUGACCCGCGCUUGGCGCAAGUUAUCGGUCACCGGGCGAUUUACGAGUGGGAGGCGUUCGCGGCAGCCGCUGUGCAGGUCCUGCGUGCAGUUAAAGAUUCCCCGCAGGAUAUGCAGCUGCGAGACGCCUUUAUUGAAACGGUUUUGGUAAGGUUUGUUUUCCACGUCGCGUCGGCACUCCGCUUCUCUGGCGUGGUUUAUGUUCUUGACGGCCUUCGGCUUCUCGCGGGUGUCUUGCGGCAUCGCAUACGGCGAACGUUGGGCGACGCGGGGGUGUUUCUCCGGUGUCUCACACAGCAUCGCUGGGGACAUGUCUUUGCUGGCGUGGACACCCUUGCAUUUCCGCCUUCGACUGUGCUUUUCCCUGUGCCGUUUCAAUGUGUGCGGCUUCUCCACUUGCUUUCACCGGAGUUGCUUAUCAGGCGUUACGGCUACCCAGUGACUAUUUACUGCGGCGGUGAACGGUUCCCGCUGCAGUUGCUCAUGGGCGCCCCUGGUUACCUGCGGGCCCUACAGGCCCUGCUGGACGCGCAUGCCUGGACGCCGGCGGAUCACGAAGAAGAGAUGCGCUACGCCCUACGAGUGGAGGACGUCGACGUUCUCCACUCUCUUCGAAGGCUCAGAAAGGUGCUUCAACUAGAAGCUCAGCUUAGAAUAGACUGA